AUGAGUAUUGAAGAGACCAAAAAAACUAAGUUAAUAAUGAUCGGAAAUACUGGUGACGGUAAAAGUUCACUUGGUAAUUUUAUUUUGAAGAAGAAAAGUAAUGGCUUUGAAGUUAGUGAUGAAGCUAAAUCGGUAACACAAAAAACUGAAGGGUCAUAUGGAGAAGGUGAUAGAAGUGAUGUAUUUGUUAUUGAUACCCCUGGUCUUCAAGACUCUGGUGGUUUAGAUAAAGAUAGGCAACAUAUGAAUGAAAUGGUAGAUUAUGUUAAAAAACAAGAAGGGUUACAAGGAAUUGUUAUUGUUUUAAAUUGCACCAAUGAUAGAUUGUCAGCUAACAUCAAAGCAAUGAUUAAAUUGUUGUGUACCAUUUUUCCAAUAUCUGAUUUCUGGGAACAUGUAUGCAUUGUAUGGACUAAGUGUUUUAAUUACACACCCCUAAAGAAAAUAGAAAAACAAAUACAAACCAAGAAUGUGAAGUUUCUUCCAGAAGUAAUAAAACUAGCUGAAGAAACAACAGGAGAUAAAAUAGUCAAAAUACCUAUGUAUUUUGUAGAUUCUCGUCCAGAUGAUGAUGAGAUUGAUAACACAAGAUCAGAAGAUGAAAUUGUAAUGCUUUUAACAUGGGCUCGAAGCUUACCUUCAAUUAAUGUUGGGAAAGUUAUCAAAAAUGGAUCAGAAAGUGAAAGGGUUAUUAUUGAAGAAAAAAAUGAACAUCAAAUUAUUGAAAGUGAUGACGUCAAUAUAAAGUACAAAAUCAACUACAUGAGAAGAGAAAAAAGAAUUAAAAAUGAUGGAACUGUUGAGUAUAGUGAAUGGGAAGUAAUAAAAACUAAAUACAAAAACAAGCCAAUUCCAAAACAGUAUUCAAAAAAACCCAAAAAAAGUUUCUUGGAUUUUCUUGGAAAUGUUGGUGGUGCAUUGUUUGAACUUAUUAUGAACGGUUUUGGAGUUAAUAGAAUUCUUGGAGCAAAUGAAGACCAAUCACUAGAAGAAUGA